UGAGUGUGUGUGUGUGUGUGUGUGUGUGUGUGUGUGUGUGUGAGCGGAGGAAGAUGCCGCUGCAGCUGCUGAGGGUGUCGGUCCAUGAGCGGAUCAGCGCCGCUGCUGCAGACUUUCUGCUGCUGCUGGAAAAAGGCAGAGAAGCGGCUGAGAUCCCGGAGCUGAGAGCGCUGCUCACCGAGCGGCUGACGGCGGCCGCGGAGGAGAUUGUCGGCCUGUUGGAGAAAACCGUGGCGGAGUACGAAGACAAAGCUGAGCGGGCAGAGCAAGAGAUGUGCCGCCAGAGGAAGCUGCUCAACAUCCUGCUGAAGCCCCAAGUCAGGCUGCACAGAGCAGUGAUGCCUCAGCAGCUGCUGGUGUGUAAAGAGGAGGCUCCCCCUGAGCAGCAGGAGCAGACCCCCAGCCUGGACCAGGAGGAGCCAGAGCCCCCGCCCAUUAAAGAGGAACAGGAGGAGCUGUGGACCAAUCAGGAGGCAGAUCUCACCACGUUCCCCUUCACUGCUGUGAAGAGUGAGGAUGACGAAGAGGAAGCUCCACCCUCACAGCUUCAUCACAGCAGCUCCACUGAACAGAUGGAAGCAGCCAGGAGGUCAGAUCCAGCUGCUGGUGUGGAGACGUCCGACUCCUCUGAACCUGAGACUGAAGACAGUGAGGACGACUGGAGAGCGAGCAGAGAGCCUCAGGCGGCUCCAGAGUCCCAGGACAGACUCCUCAGUGAGGACACAGCUGACACCCCCCACAGAGUCCACUCAGAGAGCAGACAGGUGACCUGCUCACUUUGUGGCAGGUGUUUCAGCGGGAGCUCUCGGCUGGACAGACACAUGAGGAUCCACACGGGGGACAGACCCUUCAGCUGCUCUGUGUGCAGCAAACGCUUCAACCAGCAGGAGCACCUGAGCCGACACAUGGUGACGCACAGCGGGGAGAAGCCGCACGGCUGCAGCGAGUGUGGAAAAGGAUUCACACAGGUGAACGACCUGAAGGUCCACAUGAGACGUCACACCGGAGAGAAGCCCUACAGCUGCAGCGCCUGUGGGACGAGCUUUCACCGCCGGGACUGGCUCAGGAGACACCGGUGUGGCGGCGAGCCGACAGACGGGAAACCUCACGGCUGCGGCGCGAGCGGCGGGACGGACGCAGCCGUCCACGGCGGGGAGAAAGCGUUCAGCUGCAGCGUGUGCUGGAAGAGAUUCUGCAGCAAGAGAGACACGGUGAGACACAUGAGGACGCACACGGGGGACAAACCCUUCAGCUGCUGCGUCUGCAGCAACACUUUCAGACAGAAGUCACACUGGUCCUUACACAUGAGGACGCACACCGGGGAGAAACCCUACAGCUGCAGCGCCUGUGGGCGGAGCUUCAACCGGCAGGGACACCUCAGAGGACACAAGUGUGCCGGCAAGAGACGGACCGGAGAAACGCCAUGACGUCCAGCGGUUUAGCGGCCUGCCUGUGUGUGUGUGUGUGUGUGUGUGCGUGUGUGUGUGUGUGUGUGUGUGUGUGUGUGUGUGUGUGUGUGUGUUCACAUAACCGCUUUUCUGAAUUUGGUUUGUAUUGAAUAAGUCUGAUUGAAUGAUUGUGAUGCUACAUAUCAAAAACUCAUUUAAAUUGUCUGAGCUGCAAUAAUCUUUAUUGUUCACAUUUAAUAUUUCCACUGAGGGUAAAUGUGCUUUUUGUGAAAACUUUUCUAAAGAAAUGAAUUUGACUUGUCCCUCAGAGGCUUCCAGAGCACCAGCCUCCACUUCACUUUGUGCCUUGAAACUUUAACACACAUCUGAUCCUGAUUAGCCCUGAAUUAUCAAUUAGUUUUACUGUCUUAUUCAAUAAAUAAAUGAAUACAGAACUCUUGGUUAAUUUUCUG